CUAUCCCUACUUACCAUAUAUCUCCAUCUUUCUUUCUUCAAAUUUCAGAGAGAGAAUGGUGAUGGGGUCAAUAUAAAGAAAAGAUUAUAUACAUAUAUAUAUAUAUAGUUUUGUAUUGAAUAGAAUAUUGGGGAAGAAAAAGCCUAGCAUAGGAGAGAGAGAGCCAGUUGCUUUGUCCAGAGUUUUCUCUUAAUACAUAAAACUUCUCAUCUGACUAGCUGUUAUCUUUUUUGGUCCCUAAUGCCUUAAAGCCCAUAAUCUCUUGUCUCUAUCGAUCCCAUAUCACCUGCACAAAUCUUUAUACUUAUUUCUAUAUAUAUACACGUAUACACUCAUAUAUAUAGAGGAAAAAGGAUAGUUUGAUACAUAGAAAAGAAAAUGAAGAUCCGUUGUGAUGUUUGUGACAAAGAAGAAGCCUCUGUUUUCUGCACUGCCGAUGAAGCUGCUCUCUGUGAUGAUUGUGAUCGUCGUGUUCACCAUGCCAAUAAGCUCGCCAGUAAACACUCUAGAUUCUCUCUUCUUCAACCUGGUUUCAAGGAAUCCCCUCUCUGUGACAUCUGUCUGGAAAGAAGAGCUUUUCUUUUCUGUCAAGAAGACAGAGCAAUACUAUGCAGAGAAUGUGAUAUUCCAAUUCACAGAGCCAACGAACACACUAAAAAACACAAUAGAUUUCUUCUAACAGGAGCAAAGCUCUCACCUUCUUCAUCAACUUUGUAUCAAAAUCCAUCAACUUCUUCAUCAACAGCUACUAGCUCUGAAGCCGCCAUUAACACAAGCUCAGUCACUCCAAUAUUUUCAACAACAACAACAAAGAGACUUAUAACAGUAGUUUCCAAUAACAAUGAGAUCACUAGCUCUUCUUCGAUCGAUAAUAUGACUCCAUUUCCAUACAAUUCUACUACUAAUAAUGAAAGUGGUUCAUACUUAACCAGUAGCAUAUCAGAGUACCUAAUGGAAACACUGCCUGGUUGGCAUGUUGAAGAUUUUCUUGACCCUUCUUCUUCUUCAGCUUCAAAUAACAAUAAUAAUGGCUUCUGUAAGACAAAUAAUAAUGAUGGAGAAUAUGAGAUGAGUAGGGAUGAUGAUUUUGACAGCAAUAAAUGCUUUUUGAACUCAUCUCAAGAUCAAGAUCAAGUGGGUCUAUAUGACUGGGUACCUCAAAUUUCACCACCAUCUAAGAUCAGUAAGAAUACAAAUACAACUAAUUCGUAUCAUUCCAAUAAUGGAGUUUUCUAUGCAGAAAAAACAGAUGAGAUGAUGAUGAAGAAGAUGAAGUUGAACUACUUCAAUUUCAACCCAAAAUGGGGUGAUGAUGAUAAUGGUUGUUGCAUAAUGAUACCCCCUUCAAGUUCAUCUUUGAAGACAUUUUAAUUCUUUUUAUUAAGAAUAAUAAUGUUUCUAAUUAAAUUUUGUAUUAUUAUUAGUGUUACAUUGGUUGUGUUGUUUCUGAGGGUUUUUUUCUUUCUUAUUUCUACACCAUCUAUUUUUUGGGAGUGGGAAGGAAUUUGAGUUUUUCCUCUUUUACAUGUUUAUGCAAAUCAAUGUAAAAAAAUAUCAGUACUAAUCAACAAACUUGGGGUUUUUUUUCUUUUUAUUUUUCAUUAAAUUAAUUGGGAAACAAUAAAUGAGAAUAAGAAUUAUUAUUUAUAUUAUAUUAUUGGU